CAUAUCUUUUCUCUGAUCCUCACGAAAAGGCUCCUUGUUCCGAGACGAUCGGCCGUAAUUCCGUUUUCCCGGCGACUAUUUCGCCCGAAAAAUAGUUUUGCGGCGUCAUUCAGCCGGAAAUCAAGCAGCAGUAACUGAAAGCCGCACAUGAAGUGCGCUCACAGUUAUAGCAGGGAAAAGGCUCUGUGUCACCUAAUUUAUGCUCUGAGGCAAUAAGCGGAUACAAGUACGAUGUAGCUUUUGAAGCUCUGAAUUAGGAGGGUCCAUAUAUCUCAGUCGAUGAAAGAGGGAGAAUGAUUGACUUGCUGAUGCAUAACGGGUACUAAUAUGUCAAUGAGUUUGCCACCCGCAUUUGUUCAUCCAAGCACCAUUAAUGUGAACUUGUAAAACAAUGAAAUUUGGUAGUGAAACCGAUUCUUGCUAUUCUUCUCCUGCCGAUAAGAAUAUUGCUAAAGUACUUGAGCAGGAUGAGAAGGGUGUGCAAACACAGAUGGUUGGAUCUGAGAAUGGUUUUCAAAAGGGAAAAAAACUUUGCUUCAUUGGUGAUGAUAUUGUAGCUGUUGAUGAGGAGGUAAAGAAAGAAGCAGUAGAACUUUGCUUUAUGCCUAUGGAUAUACCAGAAGCCGAUAGCCAGCUUAUGGCUAUGGACAUAACACGUGCUGAUAGCAAAGUUGUGAAGGAAGGACCUAUUUGUGUCAGUGAGACCUCUAGCCUAGGAUCCCAUGAAAAGCUUAAGGAAGAGAGGGAAACUCUAAUUCCAUCCACUAUAACCAGUGAAGAUUACAAGAAUAGCGAUCCAGAACUUGCAGAAGAGUUAAGCAGACAUGAAAGUGUUGUGGAUGUCAUUGAAAUGGAAAAUCCAUCCAUUGAUUGUGAAACAAGAGAAGAAGAUAAGUUUGUUCGAGGUUCUUUCUCAAGUCUCGAUGUUGAAUGCUCUGUUACAGAUUCUGAGCUCUACACUGAUAAGAAUGUUACAGAGGUUACAGAAAGGGCCAUGGAUUGUUUGAAAGAGAAUUCUGAUAAUGUUGUGAAAGAUAUCUGCAUUGAUGAAGGUUUACCCACUCAAAACAAGCUACCUUUGUCAGAUAAUGAUUCAUGUUGUGAAAAGAUUUGUGGAUCUCUACAUUCUGAUGUUAAUGGAGACGAUGAUUUAACUAGAAAUGCAGGCACAGGAGUUUCAGAAGUUGAUGCUUGUGCUUCGUCGAUAUCAGAGGCCAAGGAGGAUCUCCAAUCCUCAAUUUUACUGGAGGAUUUAAAUGGUGAAGAUAAUGAUAGCGCAAAGAUAUUCACCUUGGGUGAUUUGUUACAAGAACAGAAAAGUGAAUCUGGUUCAUUUGAAAAGAGAGGAAACAAGAGUUGUGAAGAAAAUUCUACCUCCAUGAAACCGGUUUCAAUGCAGGAUUUGGACAUGGAGGAGAGAGUAGGCCCCACUUCUUCUGAGUCUAAUGACAUUGUUAAGCAACAAGCAACUAAUGAGGUUGGUAGUAAAGCUGAAGUCCCAACUGUGCAAUGUGCUUCUGACCAAAUUAAAGUUAAAAGUAGUGAUACAGAAGCAUUGCCAACCUCGAACAGUAAAGUUGAGAAUGGAAGCACCACCUUGGAUUUUGAAUCUCAAGAGGGACAAAUGAUUGUUGAGAAAAACGGGUACAAAGGUGGUGGAGAUGAACAUCAGGUGACAGAGGCUUCAAGCGAGAGAAAUCUUGUAGGAGGGGAAGGGACAACAACCCAAAGUCUUGUGCAUCAUUCUCAUGGUCUGAGUAUUUCUGAUAGAAAGAGCUGGUAUAAUGAUCCAACUGAUCUGACUGGUUCUGUGUCAGGUCAAAUACCAUACUCAGGACCGAUCCCAUAUUCAGGAAGCAUCUCUCUAAGAUCAGAUAGUAGCACGACUAGCACUCGUUCAUUUGCUUUUCCCAUAUUGCAUUCCGAGUGGAAUAGCAGCCCUGUGAAAAUGGCUCAGCCUGAUCGCAGAUAUCGAAAGCACAGGCGGUGGCGGAUUGGCCUUUUGUGCUGUAAGUUCUAGCUGCUUUUCCCAUGUCUUCGUGUUGCUCCUCAUCUCUCUCUCUCUCUCUCUCUCUCUCUCUCCCCUUCCCCUUCCCCUUCCCCUUCCCCUCGUUUCUAUAAUUAAUAUCCUCUCUCUAGGACAACAUCUUCCUGUGAUUGUUGCAGGUUCAAAGCAUUGCAUAUGGUAGGGUUGCUUGAUGUAGUCUUACUGGGGUCAUAUUUCUUUUAUGUUCAAAUUCAAUUAUUUUUCUUGUUGUAGAAAGACAAGCUCUUCUGAAUCUGAUAUAUAUAUCAUGGGCCUGUUAAUAUUGGUGUGGUA